ACCUGGUUUAUAUAGCCUUGGGUGGUACCUACCUAUCAUCAAUAUCAAGCGACCUGUGAUUCAAGUAUUGAUCCUGUGCCCAUGUUUGUAUAGGAACAUUCUGCUUACAUGGAGAAAUUUUGGCUCAAGCUGGUUUAUGCUGGAAGUGUGCCAAAAUUUUUGUCGUAAUCUGUAUCAACACCGAUGACUGAAGUGCGGCAACAAUUUUUGGCGCAUGUGCUAAAUCAAGCUGAAGUUCUCUAUGAAAAUGUGCAUUUAAAUUUUUCCAGUUGGGAUUGAAUUGCCCUAACCACUACGUUUCCAUGACACGCCUAAAUUAAUGUAUCAAAAUUCCCAUAAAUUUGAAUGCUCAUAUCUAUAUUUGGGAGCACUGUUCCCAUAUGUGGGAACAUACCUGUAUUUGAGGAUGCUUGACCCUGAUUUGGCCUACACUUACAGAGUAGUACCUUCUGCCAAGAUGGACAAUGGAAAUACUGGCGGAGGAGAUGGCAAGGGUUUUGUCAACAAGAAUCUCAUAAUCAACUACCUGCCUCAGGCCCUCACUGAUGGCGAAUUCUCAAGCAUGUUUGCAUCUGUGGGGGCCAUCAAGAAGUGUAGAAUUAUGAGGAACAUGCAGACAAACUACAGCUACGGCUACGGCUUCGUCGAGUACGUCAAUCCUGAGGACGCUGACCGUGCCAUCGAGCAGCUCAAUGGCCUGCAGGUCCAGAACAAGAAGAUCAAGGUCUCAUAUGCGAGACCACCCGGCCAGGACAUCAAGGAUACCAACCUCUACAUUCAGAACUUGCCCAGGAACAUUGACGAGUCGUACCUGGACGGGCUGUUCUCGCCGUACGGUAAGAUCGUCCAGCGCCGCCUGCUGCUCGACAAGUACACCCAGCUGCCGCGAGGCGUCGGAUUCGUCCGCUAUAGCCUGCGCUCCGAGGCACAGGCGGCCAUCGCCGGGCUGAACGGCGUGGUCCCCGAGGGGGGCACGGAGGCGCUCAAUGUGAAAGUAGCCGAGGACUUCAGCAAGAACAAGAUGGGCGGUAUGCAGCAGCCCGGAGCCCUCCCCGGUGCUGGUGGGCGGGGCCAUUUCGGCCGCGGAGGUGUCCGAGGCGGGGCCAGGGGCGGCCGAGGCGCCGGCCGCGGCGCCGGUCUCGGCGCCCCUCCCGCCCCUGUGGCCCCGUACCACAUGAUGGGUCAGGGGCCAGGCCGCGGCGGCGGCUUCCCCGGAGCCUACGAGGCGCCUCAGGCGGCCAAGCCGGGCUACACGGCUGACUUUUCGACCGGCUACGGGGGCUAUUCGGCCGGGUACGGCGACUACUCGAGUCCGUACGGCAACUACUCGGGCGGGUACGGCGACUACGGCACUGCCGACUCGGUGCAGUACGCGGCCGGCUACGGCGACUACUCGGGGGCGUUCGGCGCGCCGCCGCCGGCAGUACCGGCUCCUGUCCCGGCUCCGGCGGCGGACCCGAGCGGCUGGGCCGCCGGCAGGGGGCAGCUCCGGAGGGGAGGUCGCGGCAUGAACAAGACGAUGCCGCCCAAAUCCAACAACCGCUUCAACCCCAUGGGUCCCAGUGUCUAGGUGCUCCACAGGUAGCUCAGUGGGCAUUGGCCGGGUAUUCGCCCCCGUUUUUCCUGUAGCGAGGCCGUGGUGUGGACACUUUGGAAGUUACAUUGGCUUUGUGAGGCUGUCUUGCCGGUUCAUUUGUAGGUGCGUGUUGGGCCGGGCCGAGCUGCCGGCUGACCCGUGCUGGUUUCGUUGUCGCUUUGUUUGUCUGAAUCGCGGUGCAAAACGCUCGUUUUGUUGGCUUAAUUUGUACCUAACGUGCGUUUGGUAACAAAGCACAAAGUACGGUUAUGUUUAUUAGCGGACGCAUUCGUUUUGUGCAUGAUGCUUUCAACUGGAAAAGCUCAACGAAAGCGAUGCUUUUGGCCAAUGACUUACGCCUCUUCAUUUGCAUAACCGCUUCCCCUAUAGCUGCUAGGAAUUUCGGUCACUUGCUGAGUGUGUUACUGGUAUUGUUUGCUGAUCUAAAGCUAGGGCGUACUUACCAGUGUUGAACAUUUCACUGUUUGAUGUCAGGUAGAAAGACAUGUUAUGUUCCCACCAAACGGUAAUCAAUUUCAUAAAAAUCGAGCGAGACUGCCAUUGUUUUGUAAACAAUAAACGUCAUUGCCAUCUA